AUGACUCGACAAAAGAUUAUUAUUUGUGGCGCAGGCAUUGCCGGUAUCGCCGUCGCCUUCUGGCUAUCACAACACCAUGAUGUUACAAUCGUUGAGCGGCACCCCGACUUGAGGUCUACUGGCCUACAAGUUGACCUUCGCGGACACGGAAUUGAAGUUCUCAAGAGAAUGGGCCUUGAGGCUGCUUUCCGCGACGUAUCAAUCAAAGAGGAAGGAUUGGAGUUCGUCAAUAACAGUGGUAAAGUAGUCGCAUACUUUCCUGUAAACAAGUCCGGCCAGGGUCUCCAGAGCUUCACCACGGAUUAUGAGAUCAUGAGAGGUGACCUUAUCCGGCUGCUGUACGACAACGUCAAAGAUCGUGUGCAAGUAUUGUUUGGAACAACCGUCGACAGCUUCCAUCAGCUGGACCAUGGCGUUGAAGUCCACUUAUCAAAUGGUCAGAAAAAUCGCUACGACCUUCUCAUUGGCGCCGACGGGCAGUGGUCCCAUACUCGGAAGCAGAUGCUGGGACCUGGAGCUAAGGACCCUAUGCAUUUCCUCGGGAUCUAUGCUGGUUAUUUCACCAUCCCUCGCCACAUCAAGAACGGAGAGAAAUACAAUGCAACUGCUUACAUGGCUCCUGGCAAGCGACUCUUAUUUAGUCGAAGACACAAACCAGACCGCAUCCAGGGUUACAUGAUAGGCCAGCAUGAUUCCGAACGAGUCAUGGCUGCACGAUCAGGCGGCGUAGAGGAGGAAAAGUCUAUCCUCUCAGAGCUUUUCCGUUCCGCUGGUUGGCGCUCAGAGGAAUUUGUUACCGAAAUGCAAGAGUCUGAGGACUUUUAUUGUGAGCACGUGGGCGUUGUCAGGCUGGACCACUGGAGCGAGGGGGACGUCGUGCUUCUGGGAGAUGCCGCUUAUUGCCCAACAGCAACCACAGGAAUGGGAACAUCCUCCAGUCUCGUCGGCGCCUACGUCUUAGCUGGAGAGAUCCAGGAUUACCUCAGUCGCCUCAGUACCUCCAAGGAUGCACUUCCCAAAGCUCUAGCCAGUUAUGAGGAGCGGUUCCGCCCUUUCAUGGAUACCGUUCAGUAUGGUAUUGAGAAGGACAAAACGUACUGGCACAAGAUGCCAUCGGGCACAAUUCUCCUUGCGGUUUUCAACUUUUUCCUGGCCGUUGCAUCUUUCUUCAAACUGGAUGUGCUGGCCAGCAAUAUUCUGAAGGAAGAUACAGGUAGUUGGAAACUCCCUAACCAUAAGGGAAUGGAUCUUCGACAAGAGAAGAAGUAA